AUGGCGACCGCCAGGCUGUCGCCAACGGCGAAUCUUUUGCGCAAGUCCCGUUUAUUCGCCCUUCCCCAAGCUUUGCAGCCUCCGCAGGAGCCCCCGGCGUCCAAAGCCGUGUUCGAAUCCAACACCUCCACCCUCCCUCACCCCAUCCGCGCUUCGAUCGUCACUCCGCAAAAGGCCCUAGCUAGAGGCGAUUGGGGUUUGAAGCGGUCUUUGCCAGCGAAGUCGACAUCGGAAAAGUCUUCGAGACCUAUCGUCCGGUUGCAGGCCCUGGACACUUACGAACAUGUCACCGAUUUCGAGUCCGCAGCCGAUCACACCCUGACCCUGGAGAAGUUCCAGGAGCUACACAUGCCCAUGUCACUUCCCUCUAAAGUCAACUACGCGACAAGCAUCGUUCCCAGGCACCAGAGCCCGUUCGAAACCUUUGUCGACAACACCGAAAAGAGCCAGAGCUUGGCAGAGACCGGUGCUAAACAGUAUAGACAGUCCGGUCCCUGGCUUGGUGGUUUGAGCCAGGCAGAGUUCGUGACCUAUCUGGACCAAGUACGUUCAAAGAAGCCAGAGCUGCUUGUGCAGAUGCGAGAGCGGCUCGAAGCCAAACGGUUUGCCGAGGCCCGGAAACAGGCUCAGGAUAACGGGGAGGACUUGGAAGCAAUUGAGCCUGUCAAGGUUACCGACGAGGAGUUCAAGACAUAUAUCAAAACCCUCAGAAACGAUCCAUUUGCUCUCGGUCCCGUUGUGUUCGAGUUGUUGGAUCUUCCGUCGCCUCCUGCGGUGCCCAGCGAGCGGAUCGGACGCAAGUACUAUCAAUCCCCCGGGACCAAGCUGUCAGCGUCUGAAUACUCUGUGACCGGACCUCCCAAGACACACCCUUCUGCUGGUCUCUCUUACACACGAUCCCACGCUCUGACAUACAACCACCCUGAGCAUGGUCCACAGGCCUUCCAGCGCCCUGUUGAGGCUCGUAUCUUGCGCCCGAAGGGCCGAUUCAGGGGACGUGUUUCUAGGGCUAUUGCAGGUGUUGGUGGUAUUGCAGUUGAAGACUUGAAUGCCAUGACCUUUAUCGACCAAGGCACACCUCCUGGUCUGACGUUCUUCGAUGCGACUAUCCCUGGUGGUGCCAAGUACUGGGUUACCCCGAUUCGCGCUGCUGUCGAUUCUGAUGGCAGAAUUGGGCUGUCGUCCUACCGUGCCAGUGCAACUGCCAAGGCACCUUACGGCAUUCAGGAUUUCAAGAAGCCUGGCGUCACAAGCAUCUCGGAAGCCGCUCGACGGGACGCCAACGUCGUGCCCCGUUUGGAUCGACCCCGUUUCAACCAGGGUCGUUUCAGGCCCUCGCCCGACAAUGUAUCGAGGGCACCUGAGAAGUCAAAAGAAGACCUUGUCAAUAGCCUUAUGCAGGACUUGAAUGCGUCGCGAUAA